UUUUCAUUUUGAGCGGAAGUUCCAAAAUCAUGCCUUAGCUUGUAGAAGACGAUGUCAAAAUAAUGUAAAUCUCUGUUUACAGUUCAUUUUCAAAGGUGCUAUAGGUACAGUAUGUAGUACCUGUUUCCCAUAACGUAGGAUACAGAUACUGAUGUUAGCACUGAUGUUACUACAGAUGUUGACACUGAUGAGCAUUACUUGAAACAAAAAACAUGGGGACUACAGCGUCAUCAGAACUUGCCCUGGAUUUACCCGUCAUUAUUAUCAUAGCCGUACUCUGUUGGGUUGCCCUCGUCCUCAUCAUUCUCGGCAUUCGUCAGCUUCUACUGUCACGGGGAGUAUGUGAAGCUGGAUGUGGUUGUGCUAUUUGUGGAUCAGAAGAUUCCCCGCCCUGUUGUGACUGUUGUAUAGCGAUGUCUGAGUCAUGCAACUGUUGUAAUCCAUCCGUUGGAGGUUGCCUUGACAAGUGUUGCCCUAACAGAAAGGAUGUAAAAUCCAUUUGUGAGUCCCUAAGCUGUGUGGAAAUUCUCCUUUGUCAGUGCUUUGGGAUCAACAAAUUGUCUCACAAAUUGGUGCAAUGAAUGCGGAACUCUUCAGUCUCAAAGUGCUGUGUGACGUGCUAAUCACGUACACAGAGUAACAUAUUUAUACCUAGCCUUACAAACCCUCCUCGGCCAUGUUGUAACGACCCAUGUUUGGCUUCACUGUGUGGGCAAACCUGUUGUGCCUCAAGUGAAAACAAGGAUCCAUUUUGUGGUGACUGUUGUAAUGAACCCUGGUGCUCCACUCCGAUCCCCGACGAGAUGGAGGAAGAAGACAUGCCGCGUUGUAUUAAUUUGGGCUUAGGAGUCGACAGAAAGUUAGGAGUAUUUCAGUGUUUCUGUCUGUCAUUUGGCGGAACAAUAUUGGCAAGAAAUGUCCAUGAACUUCGGAGGAGUUCAACUGCCUCUGGAAUUAAUAAAAAGCAACCAGUGUCUUCCACAAUUGUCAAAGUCAAUUAAUUAAUGGUAAUACUUUCCUGCAUUAACUUAUAUGAAUAAAUCCUCUAAACACAGAUGGUUCUGUAAAGGAACAUUUGCUGCACAAGAUAAAAUCUUUGUUUUAAGUUGAUAUUGUAAUCUCAUUGCUACUAAAUUUAUCCAACUAUUGAUAUCUAGUCAUCUGUGCACAACGUAUUUUAAUCAGUUGCCGAUCAAAGACGUCUUUUCAAAUUGUAAAAGUUUAUGGCAUAGUACGAUACACUACGUUCUAAUAAUGAAAAAUCUUACAGGUAUAUUACAUAAAGUUUCUGUACUACUGAUAUUUGACUUAUCUUAAGUUUAACUUAAGAAUGUUUGUCAGACUAUUUAACCAUCUUUGAAAUCUCAGGGGUACCUUCAGAUACAAUUAAGGUAAUUAAUAUCUUACCCUUGGUUUUUGAAAAUGGCUACUUUAUGUCAAACUUCAUUGUUUCCAACUCUGUUACCUCGAGCUCUGCUUAACUCAAAGUAAAACCUCAGUUCCUGCAUUAAAAUUCUAUGUGAGAUAUUCUGGUUCACCUCAAAUACUCUCCAAAGUUUUUUCAUGGCCCCAUCGACUUUGAAAGUUUUUUCAUGGCCCCUGAAUCGACUUAGAUAUAACAAGGUUUAAUGUUCAUGGCCCGAUCAACUUUGGGAUAACGAGGUUUGAUGUUCUUGGCCCCAUCAACUUUGGGAUAACGAGGUUUGAUGUUCAUGGCCCCUGGAUUGACUUUGGGAUAACAAGGUUUGAUGUUCAUGGCCCCUGGAUUGACUUUGGGAUAACAAGGUUUGAUUGUAUACGAUACAUAAUGUACUGCAUAGAGAAUAUUACCAUUGAAAUUUAAAGAUGGCCAUUUUUAUGACAGUAUAUAUAAAUGAUACCUAUAUACUGUAUUGUUCAAAUAUACAGUCAGUGUCAUUUUGGUACAAAACCAAAAUAUCAUGACCAUGUGACUGCCUUUGAUGAUGACUUUUAAAAUACUCCCUAAGAAUUUUACUGUAUCAUUGAUUGUGUUCUACAAUAUAAUUUUCAUAUCAGUGAUACACAUGUAUAUGUUAGUUUCAAAGAUUUUUUUUUAAUUUGAGAAAAUUUUGCCAAGUUCAUUAAAUAUUUCCACUAGACCCUUAACACAAGUCAGACUUAGUCUACAUUAUUAUAUUUAUUGAUCACAGAUUUGUUUAUUUAUUUUCUAACCAAGUUUGCAUUAUUUUCUAAAUGGUGCUCAUGGAGAAAUCUCUUACUAAUGGUGUACAUUAGUUUACUUUAGACAUAAACUUACAUGUUUGAUUAAAUAUAUUUUAUAAAUUAUUUCAUUAAGGCGAGAAUGUACUUAUAUAGGGAUAUGCUAUAUAGGUCAAAUGCAGUUUAUUUAUUAUUUAAAACUACACAAGUUUCUUAUUUCAAUGUGUCAAUUUAGUUCUGAAAAUGAAUUUUAUCCACUAGUUUGAGGUAGUGUGUGGGUGGUUUUGAGAUUUAUUGGCAUCGUGAUGUUAACUAAAAAGUUUACAUGUACUUAUAAAAUGUAUUUCAUAAUGUUGUAUUAAAUUGACAAAUACAUCAUGCAUAUUAAGAAACUCAUAAUUAAGGUUUGAUCAAACAAGUUAAAGAAAGAAAUUCAGUAGCUACCCUUGGUCUGCUUUAGGAAUUGGGAUCAAUUUUUCUUAUGAAGUCCAGGAGAUUUAUU